AUGUUCGAUACAUUCACGACACUUGGAUUCCAGCACGAUCUACACUCUACGACAAAUGUCCAAACAGUUUUGUCAAAACUGCCUACCCCUUGCCGACUAGAAUGGAAUAGAUACAAUCUGCAAUGCAACAUCAGACAACCAUCACUCAUCGACCUCACCAAUUGGUUCAACAUCUACGCCGAAGCAUGCAGCGAUUUGCCGAGCAACAGCAACAACAACAACAACACCACCAGAAACAGCAGCAGCAGCAGCAACAACUACAACAGCAGCAACACUCAAGGAUCAUCAUCCAACGGUCACACCCACCAACAUGGACCAUCGGAUCACCGCGCCAAUCAGAACAACCGGAACCAGCAACGCAGCCAGUAG